AUGAGAAAGGUAGAUCGAAAGAGCUGUUCUGACAUUUCUCAAUUCCAGGCUGAGCUCGGCAGAAGCAGGCAAGAUGAACUUCCACUCAGCAACCAAGCCAAGCGGCCAACAUAUCUACCUGGAAGGUCUGGAACUAGCCAUAUUCCACAAGCUCGGAAAGAGAAGCUGGAGAGCAAGUGGGGAGUCAAAAUUGUGGACGAAGAGAGUCAGCAAAUGGAAGGCCUUGAGCUUGGCAAUGCUCGUCCUUGGGCUACAUUAACAAGCCAUUAUAUGGCAAGCCAUGCGGCUGAGUCAGCACCACCUCGAUUCCGAAAGGAGGCAAAGCCUGCCAGGACUUUUGCCGUCCCCAAGCCACCUUCAUCCAUCAGGUCCUCAGGGAGCAUUAGCAAAGUUCCUGUGCCAACUUUGCCCUCUGCUUCAAACAAAAAGGUGCCCGCUAAUCAGAACACGCAAGCCAACCGAGGAACGACGGCGAGAAGUAGCUCAAAGAUGCCAGCAGCACCACCCGGCUCUAAACCCAAGCCAAAUCCUUCUACACCGCUUCAAGUCCAAGAGCACAUAUUGUCUCUAGGCGACUGCGAAAUUAUCAAUGAGUCGGAUAGUUCCUCGUCUGAGAUCAAAUUCAUGUUGAAAGUGCAACUUCAAAAGAACAAAGGUUUGCUGGCGAUGCAGUUGCCAGACAAGGGUAUAUCGGUUCAUGAUGUCCUGACUCUUGGCGCCCCGGUGAUACAAGGCCCAUUCUGCCUAAUCUCUAAUGCUCAGCGAGAGCGCCUUUACAAGUUGAAAUUUCGAACUUCUGCUGCUGCAGAAGGAUUCCAAUACUUACUAAAAAGUCUUCAGCAAUCGGCUCUACUCUUCAGAGAAACUGGUCUUGUUUCUCUGAAGCAAACUCCAACACCGACUGCUAAGAUUGCGGCUAGUUAUCUAAAUACGCCAUCGAAAACUCAGCCUCAAGUAGCUAAAACAGUUCCGAUGGGGGCUAAUGAUAGCGAGAAGACUCCCUUACAAACACCAACUUCCAUCGAGGCAUCCUUGCAGCGAGACACUCAAGAAAGCCUACCCGGAGAGAGCCUAGUUGACACAGAGGAUGGCUUUUGUUCCAAUCCAGCACUCACCAUCGAGGCUGCUGCAGAUCACAUGCAAGGCUUAGUUCAGCAAAUACUGUCUGAAAUCACGGCAGCUGGUAUCAAAGUUCCUGAAAACGGUAUUGACGAAAUCGAAUCAACGGCAAUCUCUAACUGGAUGGAUCAAGGCUUCAUGAAGACAGAGACACAGUCUGAUGAGCUAAAGGAAGAACUUGCUGAACUUCUCCGACUGUUGGUUCGUAUCAAAAGAAAGGUACAGUUCAGGCACGGGAGCAACCAUGUAAAUCCCGUGGCUAUCUCAAGUGAAACGCUUCAAGAUCUCCAGGAGAUUGUCGAAAAGCCGAGCAAGAGGAUCAAGUACACCCCUACCGAUAUUAAGGAGUUGAAAGCGCAGGCCGUGUCGCGCCAAGAUAAGAUCAAGGCUUCGGGCUUAUAUGAGAUCCAAAAAGGUUCGCCUCCCAAAAAGAAAAAGGUUCAAAGCAUAGCCAAACAAAAAGAUCAGGUAAUCUCUAGUUCUCAUCCGAGGGCAGCCGGAGGACUUGCGACAUCUCGAUGGGCUUCUACAAACGGUACGUUAUGCCAGAGACAAGUAUCGGUGAUUGCAUGCACUGACUCUGCUUCUAAAGAAAUAUCGGUCACAAGUGCAAAGCUAGAGGCUGUCAAGGAGUGGGCUGCCAUACCUCCGAAAGCUGCAACGGCGGCGGCUGCUCCUAUGAGCCUGAAAUCGAACCCCAAAGGCCUAAGCUCCUCUCGGUGGGCGGACAAGCCCGUUGAGAAUGAGGGCAAGUUUGCUGGUUUCUGAUAGCAGCAAUACCUGAAGGUGAUAUGGGUGGAGAGGGAUAUUGGUGGGUAUAAUUGGGAUUUCUAACUGGUAGAUCAUAGUCGCGACUUUAUAUCUGAAUGGAAUAUUGGAAUGAUGAAAGGGAACAGGCCUAUCUUAAUA